AUGCAGUGGACUGAAAUGGUAUACGUGGUUCUGAUGAUCAGCUCUAGCCUUCUCUCUGUGUGUGGAAAUACUGUGCUGCUCCUUGUGUUGCUGCUCAACAGGAACCUACAAACAGAGACAUGGAUUCUGACACUCAGCUUCAAUGUGUGCGAUCUAGCUCUGGGCCUAUCCACCAUCCCCUUCGGAGCCCAUAACAGCCUGUUCCGGCCGCAGGGCUACUCCAGCAGCAGUGUACUGUGCCAGGGCAGCGCUUUCUUCUUUAUGCUACUCCAGCUGGCCUCUGUCCACUCCCUCACCUGGGCCACCGUUGACAAGUUCACAGAGAUCUGCUUCGCUCUAAACUACGCAAAUAUCUUCACAGCACACAGGACUAGAAUCAUUCUAGGCAUCAUUUGGACAUACUCGCUUGUGAACGCGGUUCUGCCACUGACUGGCUUUGGGAGCUACAGUUACAGCAGCAGCAGGUUCCUCUGUGCUCCAAGCUUCAAGCCUGCUUGUACAGGCUUUAAUAUGCUCUUCAUAGUAUUGGGAAUUAUUGUUCCCAUUUUGGCAAUGUGCGUCAUGUAUGGAUACAUAGUGUACGUAGCAAGAAAUCAAGUACGGCGAGGGACGUUCGUUUGCAACGAGCAGCACUGCUUUUACGUUCCUGCCAAUAAUUACUUCAAGAGCUCUAUAGUCAUGGUAACAACAAUAGUGUGCCUGCUUAUUUGCUGGCUGCCUUACAUCACCAUCUGCUUCUACGAGACCCUGACCGGGAGCGAGAGUCCUCAGCCUGCCUCUGCUGUCGCCACAUGGCUAGUGCUGUUCACCUCCGCACUCAACCCGUGGAUCAACUCCAUGACCCAGACGAGGUACAGAGCCGCCCUACGCAGGAGCUUGAAAAAAAUCCGGCAGGCGUUAGAGCGUGCCUGCAAAAAGCCCCUCCCCAGGAGCACAUCUACACAGGCGAGCAGCAAGAGUCACGGCUGCCCAUCCGCAACGCCCAGCGCACCUCCAGCAUCACAAACACACGAUGAGCCUCUCCACGAGCCUACGGAGAGCUGAGCACGUCCAGUGUCACACCUCUGGCUGAUGUGGGAACAAUCCGAAGAGAAUAAAAAGAAUGACUGUUCUACAGAAACAGCUGCGUGAGUAAUUUAAUGGACCUGGUGGGAUU